AUGCGCAAUUACACGAAGAGGUCGGAACUGAUGCUGAAGUCUGUCUGUCUUUCCGAGUGAUAAGCUUCCACUCUUUCGUUUUUUGUUCCCUUUACACAAUGGCUAGCCACGAACAGGCGUUGAUCUUAGAACCAGCAGGAGAGUUAAGAUUCAAGGGGCCUUUCACAGAUGUUGUCACAGCAGAUUUGAAACUGUCAAACCCCACAGAUCGACGAAUAUGUUUCAAAGUUAAAACGACUGCCCCAAAGCGAUAUUGUGUACGUCCCAAUAGUGGCAUUCUUGAACCAAAAACAUCCAUAGCUGUAGCAGUGAUGCUUCAGCCUUUCAACUAUGAUCCGAAUGAAAAGAACAAGCAUAAAUUUAUGGUGCAAUCCAUGUAUGCACCUGACCAUGUUGUGGAAAGUCAAGAACUGUUGUGGAAGGAUGCCCCUCCAGAGAGUCUCAUGGAUACCAAACUGAGGUGUGUCUUUGAAAUGCCUGAUGGAUCACAUCAAGCGCCUGCUUCAGAUGCUAGCAGAGCGACGGAUGCUGGGGCGCACUUUACUUCUGCCUUGUCUGAGAGUGCCCUGGAGGACCCAACAGUAGCAUCAAGGAAGACUGAAACACAGUCUCCAAAGAGGGUUGGUGCAGUAGGCAGUGCUGGCGAGGAUGUGAAGAAAUUGCAGCAUGAACUCAAGAAAGCCCAGUCCGAAAUUACAUCCCUCAAGGGGGAGAACAGUCAACUGAAGGAUGAAGGUAUUCGUCUACGCAAAGUGGCCAUGACAGACACAGUGUCGCCCACACCAUUGAACCCCUCUCCGGCACCAGCUGCUGCUGUGCGCGCCUUCCCACCUGUGGUCUAUGUUGUAGCUGCUAUCAUUUUGGGUCUAAUCAUUGGCAAGUUCUUACUUUGACCUGCAGGGUGACUUGUCUUUCUCCCUUUUUCUUCCUUGUUUCCUUCGUAUGGCUGAUUGAAAUAUAAACUGUAGCAGUGGUCAGAUUUGAACCAGGAGCAAAGAUGAUAGUAAGAAUUGCUUGAAUCAUGUCACUUUUUUUUUGUCCUGCCCUCCCCAUGUUUUAUAAGUAUAAGACUAAAAUGUAUUGUGCUUGCUUGUUAUAAAAAGUAUGAUUCACUAUUGGCAAGUGAAUUAGUUAUUGAAGAGAAACAGCCGCAUGGUUUGUUCACUCAGUUUUGGUAACAUUUUUAAGUGUGUGUGUGUGUGUUAAAAAAUUUGAGGGCUGUCUGCACUUCUUACUCACUGAUUCAUUCUCUGUGUGCACGCCCAAGUAGGGGGAGGGGCGACCAGUUUAUAUGUGUUAAUACUUGAUCAUCGCCCAAGAUUCACUUUACAGGAACAUUGUAAAAAAAAUAUAUCAGGUAACAAGAAGAGACUCACAAUGUUUAGCUUUUCUUAGAGUUAAAAAAAAUGUUUUUUAACAUAGUCUGCUUGUGAUCGUAUUUAAGAUGUACAUGUACAUGCAUCAGCAUGAUUAGGAGCUGAUAUGCCGCACUGUUUACUGUGUUGUAUUGAUGCAUCCUGGAAUGGAUGAAUGAGAUGUUAAACUUUGAAAAUAUAGCCUUGUGUAAAGGCACGGUUGGCAUCCAGGAGUAAUAUAAUCCUAGAGAUAUGUUUGUGUAAGCCUGUUCUAAUCAUUUUGGGAUAGUUGUGUACUUGAGUCUGUGAGCCUGUCUUUUGCGUAUUUUUCUUCCAGCUGAAGUGUAGAAUGGUCCAAGUCGUUGCAUCAGUUCCUGUGCAUUUAAAGCUUCUCUGAGAAAUUGUCAUUUUGUACUAUCUUGACCGUCGAGCACUUUAUCGCAAGCUGUCUUUGCAUCAUAUCUGAAUGGCCAGCUAGACUAACCAUUCAGUAGUUUCCCAAACUUUCUGGGGGGGGGGUUUUUUGGUUUCAGGAUGUCUUAAAAGUUAAAGAAAGUCUUAGUAUGGGGAAGUUCUAGAAUUUUAAAAGGACAUUUUUGAAGAUUGCUGGUAAAUAUAGAUGCAGUUGAAAACUUUUUGGUUUUUCUGGGGGUUUUUUUUUUUUUUGGUCUUCAAAGACUGUUUGGACUCCGUUGGACUGAAUACAUAGCUAUAUUGUGAAAUGGACACUUGUCGCAUCAGGCUGAGAGAAGUAGAUGUGUGCCAAGAAGUUGAUGUAUCUUCAAUAUAGUGUGUUUGUUCUUUAAGGUGAACCCUACCCUUUUCAUGUUUUACUAUGCUUCCUGCACUUUUACGUUAAUAUUGUGUACAUAUAAAUUAUUUAAUGCGACUGAAAUUUUUGUAUGCAUGUUUGUACAUUAUGUCCACUAUGGAUGUAUGGUCACUCACAACCACGAAUCUUUGUUGAUACAUUUCAGGUUGAAAUAUGAGCUACGCUCGCUCACUCCCUCCCUUCCCCCCCUUUCAUAGUUUUUGUUGGGUAGUCAAGCAAAAAAGAACCCAAAACAAAUCCUCUUCCCUAUGAUCGUUUCUUCAACAGACGACAUAUUCUUAUGAGACUAAGAUAAGAGAGAUCCUGUUUUGUUCAAUGACAGGUGCUUAUAUUUUAGUUUUGUCUUCUUCCUCAGUUUCUUAUGUUUUCAGUGUAGCUGGGUAAAGUUCAUUAUCAGCGUCCAGGAAUAUUAUGUUCUGUCAUAUUACUUUCUUGGUUUUUCUGUGCAAUGGUAUUACUUCAGAGAUGGUGAACUAUGCAAAUGAAUUGUGCUCAUAGUUAACUUAAAGGACCAUGAUAUUCCCUUAGCAUUUUUCUCUUCUCAUUACUAUGUCUGUGCUCUCUCCUCUCCACACUUACUCCCCAUUCCAGUACUUUUGUCUGAGCUUCAGUUGUUUUGUCCUUUUUUUUCCUGUAGAUUUAUAAAAUUAAUAAUAAAGUACCAAUAUAAACAAAUGGAGAUGGCUCAUUCACUUUUUUCCCUCUUCACCGUUCCAUUCGAGCGUGCAAUUAGAUUAAAGGCAAGUCCAAGUCUUGUGGACAUUGUGCAAUGCAAUACAGAAGUGUGUGGGUUUUUGUGUUUUGUUUUGUAUUUUUCUGUUUUGUUUUUGUUGAUUUUGCUUCUCUUCUCCCGCCUCCCCCGCCCCCCUUCUUUUUAAAGUAAAACUACUGAGAUGUGUGAAAGAUUUGGUCUAAGUCUAAGCAUCUUUGGUAUGGUGAGUUUUGUUUUAUCUUCUUAGCCGUUUUGUCCUUUUAUUUCUUGCUUGCUCUCUGUUUUGUCUUGUAUGUUUGUUUCCUUUUCCACUUUAUUGUUAUUUAUCCCAUAAUUCUGUUCCUCAUUGUGCAUUUCAUAAUUUCAUAGAAAAGAUGGACUCUUUAGGUUAAGAAGCUUUCUUUAGUGAAAGUUUAUUUUCAGGAGUCUUAGUUGUAUGCCUCAUGGUGAAGAUUACCUUGUCUAGAGAAGGGGAAUUUUCCAGAGGCAGGCUGGCCUCUUGGUUGUCUGCUGACAGCCACUCACGCUUUUCCCCCGUAGUCUUGGAGGGGUAGGUUUCUGUCAGAAUUUCUUUAUUGAAUAAAAGCAAAUGUUUACUUC